UGGAUCACGCAACCUGUCCAUCGCCGAACGCCUUCCGGGUAGGUGCGCGCAAUGCCAGGCUGCAUUCGUGGGGACGAGGUCCCAAGUGGAGGGGCUCGCUAACCCGCAAAUCUGGUCGUAGGCGGCUGGCCUGUUUUUGGGACUGAUCAUCCUUGCCGCUGUUGAACGUAUAUAAAAUCUGCAGGAUGCCUUGAUUGAAUCCCAUCUUCACGUCCAUCUCAUUUCCUCCGUGCUCUUUGUUCGAAGGGUUUUCCUUCCACGUUGUCGACAUGGCCGAACAAAAGAACGAACAGCCUAUUGCGAGGCACCUCGUCGCUCCAAAUGAAGAAGCCCGCCAUGCCGCUGCCGACGAGAAGUCCAUGUCCGUGAUACAAGCCAUCAAGCUGUAUCCCAAGGCGGUUGGAUGGUCUGUCGUACUCUCUAGCGCGUUGAUCAUGGAAGGCUAUGAUCUCGCGCUCUUGGGAAGUCUGUACGGCAGUCCUCAGUUCAAUAUGAAGUACGGUGUGCAGAACCCCUCUACUGGGAAGUGGAGUGUACCCGCAAAAUGGCAGAGCGCUCUAUCCAACGGCGCUCGAGCAGGCGAAGUCAUCGGCCUCAUCAUCAACGGCUUCGUCAGUGAGCGAUAUGGAUAUCGCAAGACUAUGAUUGGAGCCCUGGUCUCCAUGACCGCAUUUAUCUUCAUUCUCUUCUUUGCGCCCAACGUGCAGACUCUGGUGGUCGGAGAGGUGCUGUGCGGCAUCCCGUGGGGCAUGUUCCAGACCCUGACCACGCAGUAUGCCUCGGAAGUCAGUCCUGUACAACUUCGGCCCAUUCUGACGACCUUCGUCAACAUGUGCUGGGUGAUGGGCCAGUUCAUCGCGGCAGGAGUAAAUCGUGGCUGUGUCACGCGGGAUGAUCAGUGGGCAUAUCGGAUCCCCUUCGCAGUUCAGUGGAUCUGGCCAAUACCGAUUAUUAUUGGUGUCGCGCUGGCCCCUGAGAGCCCGUGGUGGCAUGUGCGGAGAGGUGAUCGAGAAGGAGCUCGCGCCGCAUUGCUUCGGCUUACUUCUCCCGAGAAGGACCCGAAUUUCAAUGCAGACGAGACCAUUGCUAUGAUUCAGCAUACGAACGACCUCGAAAAGGAGAUGUCGGCCGGGACAAGGUGGCUGGAUCUGUUCAAGGGCGUAGAUCUUAGAAGGACUGAGAUUGUGUGCCUCACAUGGAUCGCCCAGACGAUAUGUGGGACCAACAUUAUGGGCUACUUCGCGUAUUUCAUGCAGAAAGCCGGGCUCCCUACCAUCCAAUCCUUCAACAUGUCGAUGAUCUCCCUCGCCCUCGGUCUCGUGGGCACGAUGGGUUCCUGGUUUCUCAUGCAGAAGCUGGGCCGCCGAAUCAUCCAUUUCUCCGGUGCCUGCACGCUCUUUCUUCUCCUGAUCAUCGUCGGCGCGUGCUCGUUCGCCGGGACGGAGGCGUCAAAUUGGGCAAUUGGCGGCAUACUUAUCGGUUUCGUCUUUGUCUACGACUUUACGAUCGGGCCGGUCACGUAUUCGAUAGUUUCUGAGAUCUCCUCGACGCGACUAAAGGCGAAAACCAUUGUGCUUGCGCGAGCACUGUACAACACGUCGAACAUCGUCGUCAACGUCCUGACGAACUACCAACUAGGGGAAGCGAACUGGAACUGGGGUGCUAAGACAGCUUUCUUCUGGGCUGGGACCUGCGGUUGUGUGGUCGUGUGGGUGUUCUUCAGGCUGCCCGAACCAAAGGGUAGGACGUAUGUUGAGCUGGAUCUGUUGUUCGAGCAGAGGGUUAGCGCGAGGAAGUUUGCAUCUACGCAUGUGGACCCUUACGCACAUAGCUUUGACAGGAAGGAAACGGAGAAAGAGAUGGAGAAAGCGGAGUAUAAGGAGUGAGUGAGGAGCCGUAAAUAGGUAUCUAGCAAUGCCAAUAAUGUGUUCCAGAAUGC